UAAUGUAUCCAACUUUUAAACAUUGUAGCGACUGGUGAAAACGUCGCCAUUUUCCCCCAAGCCAAUCGGUCCCCAGUAUAUCUACGAAUGUCGAAGCGUAAGGCGAUAUAAUUCGGCUUUGUAACAGUUUUGAUAUAAAAAUUGUUAAGCGCGAAGUAUACUAAAAGAUGGCCAGUCAAAACUAUUUAAGUGAUCCAAAAAAUCCAUUUUUUUCUCUCGAAGAUGAUAUCGACGAUGAAACAUUUCUAAAUAGUGCACCUCCAAGGUCCUCUGGUCAUAGUUUCAAUCAUUAUAAUAAUUUUGAUAAUGAUCUGGAACAAAAGCAUCAACAAUUACUUCAAAGGAAGAAGGAGAUAGAAGAACGGACAAUACAUUCGUCAGAAAGAUCUAUUUCGCUGCUCAGAGAUUCCGAACAGAUUGGAGCUGCCACUGCUGAGGAACUGAUUAGACAAAGAGAGCAAUUAGAAAGAACAGAAAAGAGAUUGGACGAUAUCAAUAGUACAUUAAGAUUUAGUCAGAAACAUAUUCAAGGAAUAAAAAGCGUAUUUGGAAGCCUUAAAAACUACCUUAGUGGUAAAUCGUUGGAUGCGCCUAUACCAUCUACUAUAUUAUCAGAAUCUUCUAGCUCUGAAUCUAUGGCAUCACCUGCUUUAUCUAAUUCUUUGGAACAAGUACAGACUAAUAUAGCUAGUACAAGUCCUAUGUUAAAGUUACGUGGCCUGGAUGAUGAAUACGAAGGUACUAAUUCACCCAGUAGUAAUGUAAGCAAGAUUUUAGAAAAGAAUUUAGAUGAAAUGAGUGGUUCAUUAGCUAGAUUGAAAGGCUUAGCGAUAGGAUUAUCAGAAGAAAUAGAUUUACAAAAUGAUUUAAUUGAUAAUAUAACAGAUAAAGCAGAAAAAACAGAUAUAAUGUUACAAAAACAAAACAAAGAUCUUACUCAUUUAUUAAAAAAAUAAAUAAUGUAUCCUAUUACACAUGUAAUGAAAAAAUGAUAAAUUUCACAUAUUUUAAAGCUGUAAAGUUCUGUGUAAUUAUAUAGAAAACAUUACUGUCCUUAGUUAAGUCUGGAAGAUAUUACGUUAUAAUGUUUAUUUUUGAAACUUGUUAUUUAAUAUUUUGUAAAAUAUUAUUUACAGAAAUGUAAAAUAUCACAACAAAAAACACAAAAGAAAUAAUGCACUUGUAUAUUCAUUCAGAAAUCCAUUUCUUUUGUAUCUGUUGUGUAUGCUAUACAAUAUUUAAAUUUAAAGUUACAGACAUCAUAU